AUGAACGAGCGGUAUCGAGUCGCGUUUGACAUCGCGCUUCUUUUGAUUUUAUUAUCCAUCGGCUUCUCUUUAGAGUUUGCCGAGCCUUACGAAAAAUUUCUCAACGAGAAUUUGAUUUAUCGACUGCGAUAUCCGAUGAAGAAAAAUUCUGUUCCAACGGCCGUUCUGCCAUUUAUCAGCAUCGUGUUUCCUUUACUGUGCAUAUUUCUGUGCUCGAAAAUGGAUACAUCGGGGAGAAGAGCGAGAAGCACGGCGGCGAGUUUGGGUUUACUGUUAUCCGUCGCGAUAUCGUUUGUGUUCGUGAACAGCGUGAAACAGGCAUGCGGAAACUAUAGACCGGAUUUUGCGGCGAGAUGUUGGGGUAGCGCUACAGCUGACCCGGUAUGGAAAGAGUACGGUAAACCAGAUUGUGGAAAUUUGGAGAAUGAGAGCUUAUUGAACGACGUGAGGCAAGGAAGAAGAUCGUUUCCGAGCGGGCACACGAGCAUGUCUUUUUCAGGAUUGUUUUACUUGAGCUUGUAUUUAAUGUAUUAUUUGAAAUGUUUUGGCGGUUCUAGAACCAACACCGAGCGAACAGAAGCGUUCGUUUGGAAAGUUUUGAUUAGCUUAGCGCCGCUUUCUGUGGCAGUCGGAGUUGCCAUCACGCGAAUUCGCGAUAUGUGGCAUCAUCCGGAGGAUGUGAUUGUAGGUUCUUUACUUGGCGCCGGGACGUCAGCGUUUGCUUUCUCGCUGCAAGGAUUUAGCGUUUCAGACACGAACACUUCUUCGAAUCUCUCCAAGUAUCAAAGGUUGAACGCCGAGGGAGUCAACGACGCCUCUCUCGAGGACGAUAACGAGGAAGACGAACGGACAAAUAUGGCGGUUCGUCCAAGUUCGAUGUUAAAUUUGAACGAAAUGUGA